AUGGCAGCUUCAUCCAUUCAACAAGUACUUGAAAUUCGAGAUGCAUCUAUUCCAAAGGAUAGUUUACUCGGAAAUGCACUUCCUGGUUCAUCUCUUCUUGAUGUAAGCAAUAUUCCACGUCAAUGUGGUCUAUUAUCAAAUGAUGAAAUAAAUAUUACUGAAAAUUAUACAGCUACUCAACUUGUUACUCUUAUGGCUUUAGGUCAAUUAACAGCUGAACAAGUCCUUAGAGCUUAUCUGAAACGAGCUGGUAUUGCUCAUCAAUUGACUAAUUGUGCUACAGAAUUUCUUGGUGAAGUAGCCAUCAAUCGAGCUAAAUAUUUGGAUGAAGAAUUUAAUAGACGAGGAGGACCUGUUGGUCCACUUCAUGGUUUACCGAUCUCUGUCAAAGAUUUAUUAAUUAUGCGUGGUCGAAGGAGUGUUGCAGGAUAUAUAAAAUGGAUUAAUAGAAUAGCUGAAGAUGAUGCUCUUAUCUUGAAAAUUCUCUAUGAAGCAGGUGCUAUCUUCUAUGUUCGUACUACUCAACCACAAAGUUUGAUGCAUCUAGAAUGUAGCAGUCCAAUCUAUGGUACUACAGUCAAUCCAUUUAAUCGAAGUUUAACUUGUGGUGGAAGUUCAGGUGGUGAAGGUGCUUUACUUGGCUUGAAAGGUAGUCCAAUGGGAAUUGGAACUGAUAUAGGUGGAAGUAUACGUUCUCCAGCUGCUAACAAUGGAGUUUAUGGAUUAAAACCAACUACUUUUCGAAUACCGAAGCAAGGUUUGGUGGGUGUACAAAUGGGAAGAGAAAGUAUUAUUACUACAAUUGGUCCACUUGCUCAAGCAAGAGAAGAUAUUAAUCUAUUUAUGAAAACAAUACUUGAUACUCAACCAUGGCUAAGAGAUCCAUCUCUUGUACCUAUUCCUUGGAGAUUAAUUACAUUGGAUUCGAAAAAUCUAACGGUGGCUGUCAUGUGGGAUGAUGGUGUUGUACAUCCUCAUCCACCUAUUACUCGAGCUAUUCAAGAAACUGUCGAAUAUUUGAAAAAAUCUGGAAUUCGAAUUAUUGAUUGGGAACCAAUUGAUCAUCAAAAAGGUUGGGAUUUGAUUAGUGCUUUAUAUUUUUGCAAUGGAGCUGAAACAGAACGAAAUAUGAUGACAGAAGUAAAUGAAGAACCUCUACCACUCACAGAAUGGAUUCUUAAUCAACCACAUGUGAAAAAAAGAAACUGGACUGAAAUGAAUGAAUUGAUUGUAGAAAGAGAAAAUUAUCGUAAUCGUUAUGCACAUAUAUGGAAUGAACGAGAAACUUCUCUAAAUUGUUCUAUUGAUUGUAUUCUGACACCUGUUGGUCCAUCUGCAGCUCCUAAACAUGGUACAGCCAAAUGGUGGGGUUAUACUUCUAUAUGGAAUCUUCUUGAUUAUCCAGCUGCUGUUUUUCCUGUUACAACUGUUGAUCUUGUCAAAGAUAAAGUAGAAAUUGAUUAUAAACCUCGAAAUACACUUGAUGAAGAAAAUUAUAAAUUGUAUACAUCAGCUCAAUCCUAUAUUAAUGCUCCUAUUUCAUUACAAGUUGUUUGUCGACGUUAUAAUGAUGAAAAAGUAAUGAAAUGUGUCGAAAUUAUUGAACGAGCAAUGGGCAGAGAAUAA